CGCAAUUAUCCCGCGUCUUCACCGUGAUUUCUUCCGGUGAGAAUUGCUGAACAUCCAAAAUCACCUGAAAACAAAACAGGAUUAAAACGAAAAAUAUUUUGCAAUUUUGUGGAGACCGCGUCGACCUCAAUGAUUGGUGGUCAAUUUUAAAUGGAAUUUCUCAGGAUCAAAGUCUUCCAAAAAUUCGCAUCUACAGUCGCUGCUACCAAAAAAAAGUUCGCAAACAGAUUAAUAGCGAAGAAAAGCUCGAAAAUUUUUGGUAAAGAUUUAUCAAAUUAAUUCAAAUUAGAUUAGAGUAGAUAAAGCUUUUGUUUCCAAAAAAUUGUCAAAAUCCAAUUUUGUUUUCAAAAAAUAGGACUUAGGUGAUAAAUAUACUCAUUAUGUUAGGAUGACCCUAAGAGUAGUUAAUGGAAAUGUAUCAAAGGUGGUGCGCUAUUUAUAAUUAUGGAUGCCUACUAAUAAUAAAUUACGUUAUUUUUUCAAAAUCAAAAAACAAAGAAAAAGUUUAAAAAAAAUAAAUUUUGGAAUUAAAUUCUCCUAUUGGUAGACAUCCAAAAACAUCAUAUAAAUUUAACCCUAUUUUAUCGAAAAAUCUGAACCAUUUACUGCCAAGAAAUUGUCAUUUUCAGCGGACCAUGGACUGGAUAAUUGGGCGCCAGUUUUUUCAAAGGCGAAAAAAAUGACAACGAAUAAAUGAUUAAUUUUCUGGUGAUAAUGGUAAAACACCUACGAUUUACAUCAAACGAUACAGGCGCAGAAAAGGGAGAAAAUUGUAUCCAGUUCUAUUUACGAAUUACUUGCUACGUUGCUUCGUGGGUGCCCUGGGCAAAAAUUUGACAGAUUCUUCAAUGCUGAGGAUUCUAAUUUUGGAUGGAAUUCCAUUAUCAAUUGAAUAUCUGGAGGUACUUUCCACUGGAUUAUCUUCCAAUGAAAAUUUGAGGACCUUAUCUUUGGCAAGGUGUAGGAUCGCCGAUGCAGGAUGCAGUUUGGUUCUUGAAUCUUUGGGAAACAAUAUUAAUCUUGGGAAGCUAAAUCUUACGAGCUGCAAUCUCACUGGGAAUAGUGGGUAUUCUCUUUCUGCAUUUUUAAAAAAAAGACAACUUUUAUUAGAAAGUGAAUGGGCUGAAUCUCCAGGAUCAAAUGAAAAUUCAAAAUUAGAAAAGGUUCGAGGCCUUCACACAUUAAUUUUGAAUCAAAAUCCAGAAUUUUCUGACUUUGGACUACGUCUAUUAAUUGACACUUUGAAACGAGAUUUCUGGCUCAAAGUUUUAAAAUUAAGGUCAUGUGGGCUCAGAGGCAAAGGAGAAGUUUUUGAAUUACUGAGGACGAAUUGUACAAUUAAAAAACUGGAUUUUCGUCAAAAUCAUAUUUCUUCAAAAAUCUCAGAAACUGUGAAAAAUUUGCUGAAGAAACGAAAAAAGAGAGGAGAUAGAAUAUCAAUGAAGAAAAGGCUGUUGACGAAGAAACAUAAUUUUAGUAGGGAAAUACAAUUGAGGAAGAGAUUAAUUAAAAGCUCAAGAAGGAACAAACGAAACCAUCACAAAAAUCGAAUUCCAAACAGGAAAAGGGAAAAGACUUACGGAAUCUGCAAAACUUCAAGGAGCGAUUUCAAUCAAAGGACCAAGUCCGUCAGCAGAAUUAAUACAAAAAUUGCACCGGAGAUCCGCAGCGAAGAUCGAAAAGCAAAGUUUGUAGAGUUAAAAUUACGUUUGUCAAAUAUUAUAGAAUAUAAUCAACAAUUGUCUCGGCAGUUAAAAGACAAUCGUGAAUUAAUUGCGAAAGAAAAUAAAUCUAGAAUAAAAAUCGAGAAAUGUUGCGAUAAAAUUGGACCUGAAAUUGCUAAAAUAAGUAGAGGAAUUUUGGUACAUGUGGAGAAAGAGGCAAAAAAAACUCGGGAAAUUUACUAUAAUGUUGACAAUUUUUUAAUGAAAACAAGUCUACGAUGUAAAAAAUAAAAUUCAAAAUAAAUUAUUAUAUUCUAUUGUACU